AUGGUUGCGGCGGCGGCGGAUGGUGCUCCUCCUCCGGGGGUUCCGGCGGCGGUGAGGAUGAAUGUUUGUGGACAUCACUCAGAGGGAAAUGGUAAGAAAAGUUACGAUAAUAGCUAUGCAGAAGAGCUUGAUCGCAUUCGGUUGGGCAACACCAGGUCCAGGAGCCCAUUUUCUUCCGAAAGUUCUGAAGAAAAGCCCAAGGGUAUUAUUACCCGCUCGCCAUCAAAUAGCAGGUACUCUAGUGAAGUUUGUGCUCAGAGGAGAUCAAGAUCACAUGAUCGUGAGAGGGAAAUAUCAAGAUCACAAAGUGUUAGGGAUCAUGAUUUUGUUAAUUCUGGUAGGGAGGAGGAAAAGUAUUAUCGACAGGGAAGAUAUGAUGAAGAUGGUAGGCAUUAUAGUAGGGAGGUGUUGGAAAGAGAGGGAAAUAGGGAGAGAUAUAUUGAUAAGGACCAAAACCAAAGAGUUAAGGAACGGGAAGGAAGUAGGCAAAGAGAGAGAGAUAAUGAUCGGAGGAGGGAAAGAAAACGUGAGAAGAGAAUGGAGAUAGAGGCUGAAUAUGAAAGAAGAAAGGAGAAAGAUCGAAAUCACAUCAUGGAUAGAGAUAGGAGGUGGGAAAGGGAAANAGAUCAUAUGCGCGAUAGAGGCAGUGAGAAAUAGAGGGAUAGGGAUAGAACGGUGAAUACUAGUAGAGAGAGGGAGAGAGAAAAGGAAAGGGAGAGACAGAGUAAUAAAUAUAGGGUCAAAGGCAAGGAAUUUCAGAGUGACAGGGAGAAGCAUAGAAGUCUUGAUGGGGACUAUUAUGAUACGAAGCAUAAGCAGUCCAGGUACUCGAGGCAUGGCGCAAAAGUUGGCUCAGAAACAGUAAGGUCGAAUUCUGUGAAGGCCCAGGGUGAGAACUUAGAAGACACUAGAGGCGGUGAUGGAAGGUUCAGAGACGAAGAUGAGCAAGAUGAUAAUGAGGAAGGAGUUGUUUGGAAACUCCCAGAUCAGGAAGAGCAAGAGCUUAAUAGAAUCAAGGACGAGAGUAGGAAGAGAAGGCAAGCAAUACUGGAGAAAUAUAAGAAGCAGACAGAGCAGAAAAGUGUUUUUUCUGCACAUGAUAAGUGUAAAGAUUUUGAGCUUGCAGGCACUGCCAAUCAGUCCUCUAAUGCUGCUCUGAACUCUUUACAAGAAAGUAAUGGUCCAAAGCCCGUUGCUUCUUCCAUGGAUGUUGCAGCAGCUAAUAUUGGUCAAACUGCGGAUGUUACUGACCUUGAUGUUGUUGGUUGUGAUGUUGCCAAGCCAUCAUUGACUGCUGGGCGGUCACCUCCACAGCAUGGAAUUCCGGACCCAGAGAGGACACCAGCUCCUGCUGGACUUGGGGAAGGUACCCCAAAGAGUGAAAGAUCAGCUGACAUGUUUCAUGAUGAUAUUUUUGGGGACUCUCCUGCUGGCAAUCGGAAAAUGGCUAAAGGAGACGGUCUUCCUAUUGUAAGGAGUGGGCUUCAUGAUAAUUGGGAUGAUGCAGAUGGUUAUUACAGCUAUCAAUUUGGUGAACUACUUGAUUGUAGAUAUGAAGUAAUGGCUACUCAUGGAAAAGGUGUCUUCUCUACUGUGGUCCGUGCAAAAGAUUUGAAAGCUGGACCUGGUGAACCUGAAGAAGUGGCUAUAAAAAUAAUCCGCAACAACGAGACAAUUGGUGUAUUUCUCGUCGAAGUCCUCAUGCAUAAAAUCGGUCAGACUGAGGUCCAGAUUUUGAAGAAGCUAGCUGGGGCUGAUCCAGAUAACGAGCGCCACUGUGUUUGCUUUCUGUCAAGUUUCAAGUACAGGAAUCAUCUUUGCUUAGUAUUCGAGUCUCUCCAUUUGAAUCUCCGUGAGGUUUUGAAGAAGUUUGGUCGCAACAUUGGUCUUAAAUUAUCCGCUAUUAGAGUGUAUGCCAAGCAGUUAUUCAUUGCUCUUAAACACCUAAAAAUUUGUGGGGUUCUCCACUGUGAUAUAAAACCUGACAACAUGCUGGUGAAUGAAGGAAAAAAUGUGUUAAAGCUGUGUGACUUUGGUAAUGCGAUGUUUGCUGGUAAAAAUGAAGUUACACCAUAUCUCGUCAGUUGUUUUUAUUGUGCUCCUGAAAUUAUUCUUGGGCUUACAUAUGACCACCCUUUGGAUAUUUGGUCCGUUGGUUGCUGUUUAUAUGAGCUUUACAGCGGGAAAGUUCUUUUCCCUGGUCCUACAAACAACGAUAUGCUACGUCUUCACAUGGAACUGAAAGGUCCCUUUCCAAAAAAGAUGCUUCGCAAGGGAACAUUUACUGAGCAACACUUUGAUCAAAACUUAAACUUUCAUGCUACAGAGGUGGACACUGUAAAGAGAAUGAUUGUAAACAUAAAGCCAAAAAAUAUCGGUUCAGUUAUUAAAGGCUACCCUGGUGAGGAUCCUAAGAUGUUAGCUCAUUUAAAGGAUAUCUUGGACAAAAUUUUUGUCCUCGAUCCUGAAAAGAGACUGACAGUGUCACAGGCAUUAGCUCAUCCAUUCAUCACGGGCAAGUGAACCACGUUUGCUGAUUUUUUUUCUCUCUCGAGAAUAGCUGUUGUCCUAGAUAAUCUGUAUAUUACUUCUGAAUCCUAAUAGAGAUUCUAAUAUUUGGAUUGCCUCUAUCUUCUCUCUGCUGCCUGAGCGCUUUGAUUACAUUGCUGACUUGGGUGAAAGGGGAACGAUGUUUGGGAGGAGUUCUCAUCAUAUCUGGCGAUUCUCAAUGGAAUUUACUGGUUCUAUUGGUAUCUGCCAGCACUUAGAGACAGUCCUAAAGUCUUUCAAUGCUUUAAAGGCACGCAGGAGAAGGUACAGUGGUUGUUUAUUGGGAGUUCCUGCAACAUGAAAACGACUAAACGAGUUUGGUAAUCAUUUUGCAGCUGUUUUGGUCUUAGGUUGUUAAGGCUUUGGACAAAAAUAUGUUGCUCUAGUGUUACAACUUACAAUUAAUUUCCACUUCAUUGUCAAUGUGUGGCUUUUGUUCCUUUGCUUUGGUGUAAGUUUGCGUACAAUUUCUGAAAUAGAUCAUCCGUUUCUUCUUCCUUUUGUGUUGUGGUAGAUGUAGAAUUUCUUUUCAGCUCUCUCUUUUUCAUGUUUAUUUCAAGUACUCUUGUAUUUAGUGAAUUGCAUUGCAUCUGAUAUGUUGUAUUGUCAUUCCGGAGGUUUUGCUUGGAGGGGAGGCUGCACAGGAAAAUAUGAAGGGCGCGCAUCCCAUGCUUCUGGAAGUCUGGUAAGCACUUUUCAGUCUCGUGUCUUGCGUAUUUCUUUGUGCUGGAUAGAUAUGUUUGUUUGUCAUGGAAAAAAUUCUAAAGCAUGUUACGGAGAGCCCUCAGCAUUUGUCGUGGCAGAAAUCUGGGAUGCGAAAAACGUGGUAGGGAUCAGGGUUUCUGAUUGGUGUUAUGUUGGUGGAGAGGCUGCCUUGAAUUUCUUUUGGCAUUUUUUGAUUGUUCUAUGGUGUGGGAAAUGGUGAGCUCUAGUUUUAGUUAGUGAAGGCUUUUUGUUUGGGGACAUAGACAUAUUUAGUUUAGAAGCUUAAUUGUGAAUAUAUAUGUCUUGCCUCGUUCUGUUUUCUUUAAUGAGAGAAGACUGUGAAAGAGAGUGUGUUUGUUGAAUGCUGAUAAUAACCGAGUCAAUGUUUUCUCGCCUAAUAGAAUGUCUGUUUGGGUUA